GAAGGCUGUUCCCUUAAAAGCCGAUUCAACAAUUAGUAGAACAGUUGGCUAGUACGACUGAGGAAGAAUCAGUUAUCCUAACAGCAAGUGUAGCAGAUGGAACACUGUGUCACCUCGGUUCAGACUCGGGUAAAGUUUUCCUGGAGGAUCACGAGGAUAUCAAAUCUCAGUUCCUUGGCUUCUGUCUGAAAAGACAUCAUAAAUUGAAGCAAGAGAAGGAAAGAAAAGAAGCGCAAGAGAGAGAAGAAGCUCUUGCUAGAAGUAUGCAGGCAGUUACCCCACCUAGAUAUGACGGUAUGGGUGGAGGUUAUAUGCAACAUCGCUCACCUAGGUAUCAUUCUCCCCAGCAAAGUCCUCAUCCUGUAGCACUGAGCCGAGUGGCACCAGGAAGUAGAAUGCGGUCACCCGGCAACAGGCAUCAGCCUUAUCCAAUGGCCCGUCCUGCACGACCAACAUUAAGUUUUGAUCAGCAAGGUCGUUCACCUGGGCAGGGGCCUGGUCCUAUGGUAACUCCAGUACGUAACACUAAACUUGAUGGACAAGUCAUUAAAAUAGAACCAGAAGAUGAAGAUGAAAAGUCCAAUCAAAGUGCAAAUGAAAAUACAAAUGUUCAAAGUGAUGUAAAAACUAACAUAUCUGAAUCUAGUCAACCAUCCUCUCCAUCUAUCAAACCAUCCACACCCUCUCAAACACAAGGACCUUCAGCAUCAGAUAAUGAAGAUGCUCGGUCAGAAUCAUCGUCAUCAACCAUUCCAAAUGAAGCAUCAGAUCUCAAAUUUAGUGACACUAACCCAGCUGCGGGUCUUAGUUUAGAUUCAGAUCUCUCCAACAUAUUACCAACAGAUAGUUCUGUGAAUGAACCUUCUACUUCACAAGGAAAUGAACAAGGAACAAUGGAAGGAUUAGACCCAAAUAUUAGUGUAAAACUUGAAGCGUUUGGUGAUUCAGAAAUGGAUUUAGAAAUUACGGGUGUGGAGUUAGGUCAAAAUACUUUAACACAAGAGCAAAUGAGCUCACAAGAAUGGAUGGCAAAUGUUCAAAAUGUAAUGCAAGGUGCAUCAGGCAGUUCUGCAGAUAUGGCAGGUCAACAAGGCUACAAUUAUGAUCUUCACAAUAUAGACUAUAACAUAAAUGGAGGGCCUGCAAGAAGUGGAUUGGAUGGACCAGAUGGUGAAAUAAUGAUGUCACUGAAGUAUGUCUGUAAAUAUUGUGGGAAAUUUGAACCAUCCAAUGCUAAGCUACAAAUACACAUGAGAAAACAUACUGGAGAGCAACCAUACACUUGUGAUUUCUGUCCAAAGACAUUUUCUAACAAGAGUAAUAAAACAAAACAUAUAAAACGCUUGCAUUCCAAAUCACAUGUGAGUGAUGUGACAUUGUAAAGGGUGUGGCAUUAAUGUUAAAUUUCUAAGUCGAUGGUUUCUUUAGUUUGAAUCUUGUAUUAUAUUUACCCCCUUAUUGCACAGCAUGAAGUGUUAGGUCUCUUUGAAAACAUUGGACAUUUGCACCAAAAAUACAAUAAAUCCUACAAAAGUCAUCCGUUUAAAAAAUACAAGAUAACAAAUUUAAUGACAUUGCAGACAUUCAUAGAUUUAAUAUACCUAUUAUUGUUUAUAGUAUUUUGCAAAUGUGUUUGAAUUAUAUUGUGUCAGUGAUGUUGGUUGAAAAUGGAAAUAAAUGUUGAAAUACAAAAAAUGAUAUAAAAUGGAAAUGAAUGUUGAAAUACAAAAAAUGAUAUAAAAUGGAAAUGAAUGUUGAAACACAAAAAAUGAUAUAAAAUGGAAAUAAAUGUUGAAACACAAAAAAAUGAUAUAAAAUGGAAAUAAAUGUUGAAACACAAAAAAUGAUAUAAAAUGGAAAUGAAUGUUGAAAUACAAAAAAUGAUAUAAAAUGGA